UUAUGUGUAACACUAGCUUGGCUCAGUUCCUACCGUUAGCAAUUUGUGAAUGCAUUUCAGACCUGGUACACUGGCCCAUUUACAGGGAUCUUUUUCAUCUCUCAGAUGAGAAUGUGGGUCCUAGGCCAAUUUCGAGUUUCUGCAUUUCAUCUUUGGAGCGGUUUUCAGCAAAUUUUUUUUUUUAUGUUGUUGAGUGUCUGCUGCACUGGUCGGGUCAUGUUGUUCCGUGCCGAUGUUGGUCCAAGUGAUAGAAAUAAUUAAUACACAAGGUGACGUUCUAAGGCGCUUAGUCAGGAACGGCGAUAAGUGUUGCUUAUUGCCGGUUUGUCCAAAAAUUAGAUGAUUAUCCCAUUAAUAAUAUUUGUGACGACGCCAUUGCUUUCAAACUUCAAGCCUUCGAUUUUACGUAAAUCAUCACGUAUUAAUGGCCGUCGGCAGUAUGCUCUGA